AAAAAAAUGUUCAAGUCUUUGGUGUUCUCAGCUCUUCUGGCGUACGCCGUUGCUGCUCCCAUGUCUUCUAUGACCACUGCCAUUGACAGGAUCGACCAAAUUUUCCAAGCCGAAGAUAGUACACCAGCUUGUAAUGCCGAGACGAGAAGAUUCAACGCUUGUUUUAAGGAUAUUAAUGAGAAAUCCCGUCUCGAAAUGUUCCAAGAUGUUACCAAAUUCCCAUCAAAAUCCGAAGUACUUGAGUCAGUCGCAGAUAUCCGUAAGGCAUUGAAGUGUGCAGGAGAACCAGUGUGCAGCAAGCAGAAGUUGACAAAAUACGCAAGUGAAUUGGUGAUAUAUGCUGGGGAGAAGAUCUACGGAGAAGGAUUCGGAUGUGUGAAUCAGAAUGAUAUGGUCCGUUUCUACACUGCUUGUGUGCUUUCUGAAGUUCCAAUGGAUCAACUUCAAGGCUUUACCUUCAAAACAGUGCUUCAAUACGCGAAACCAGUCACAAGUUGCUUCGCUAAACAUCAAGAAUGUGAAGAGUCGGAGAAAGCAGAGUUUUACAAGGGAAUGAUGGCUUCAGUUGAACUUGUGGAUAUAUUUGUACCAAUUUUGGAGGCAGUUCAUUCAGGAAACUUGGAGUUCAUCCAUACUUUUGAUAAGAAGUUCAAUCCAAAAGAUUUGGAUAAUUUGAAACAGUGAUUUUGAUGUUUUUGGGUUUUAAUAAAUGAUUUUGAGCAAC